AUGCAACGAUCAGUGUCCCUCAACAACUUGUCUGAGCGAUAUUCCUGGGACGAGCAUGUCGGGGCUCUUGGCAUCGACAAGGAUCGAUUCGAUCAGCUGUCAGACUGGAAGCGAAAAGCGCUUGGCUGCAUCGCCAGAUCGGUCAAGCGCAUCUCAGAGGCACAAGACAACGAGGGCGGGAGCGUAGACGGGAAGUAUCUGAGUUGCUGUGAUGAAAGCUCAGAUGGAGGAGAUAGACUAGUACAAGUUAAGAUAUAA